UUAUUUUCAACUAAUCACAAAAACAUUGGAACAUUAUAUUUUAUAUUUGGAAUCUGAUCCGGAAUACUAGGACUAUCUUCUAGAAUAAUUAUUCGUAUAGAACUAGGAACACCCUCAUCAUUUAUUGGUGAUGAUCAAAUUUAUAACAUAAUUGUAACAUCUCAUGCAUUCUUAAUAAUUUUUUUUAUAGUUAUACCCAUUAUAAUUGGAGGAUUUGGAAAUUGACUAAUUCCUCUAAUACUUGGAGCCCCUGACAUAGCUUUUCCCCGAAUAAAUAAUAUAAGAUUUUGACUAUUACCCCCGUCAUUAAUCCUACUAAUUUCAAGAAGAUUAGUAGAUUCAGGAACAGGAACAGGUUGAACAGUUUACCCUCCUUUAUCAAGAAAUCUUGGACACUCAGGACCCUCUGUUGAUUAUACAAUUUUUUCUUUACAUAUAGCAGGAAUUUCAUCAAUUCUUGGAGCAAUUAAUUUUAUUUCUACAAUAAUUAAUAUACGACCAAAAGGAAUAAGAUUUGAGCAAAUACCUUUAUUCGUCUGAGCAGUAAAACUAACAGCUAUUCUUCUUUUAUUAUCUCUUCCAGUUCUAGCAGGAGCAAUUACAAUAUUAUUAACAGAUCGAAAUAUAAAUACAACUUUUUUUGAUCCUUCAGGAGGAGGAGACCCAAUCCUAUAUCAACACUUAUUUUGAUUUUUUGGACACCCAGAAGUUUAUAUUUUAAUUUUACCAGCCUUCGGGAUAAUUUCUCAUAUUAUUUCACAAAAAUCAGGAAAAAAAGAAACAUUUGGAACUCUUGGAAUAAUCUAUGCAAUAAUAACAAUUGGAUUAUUAGGAUUUGUAGUUUGAGCACAUCAUAUAUUUACUGUAGGUAUAGAUGUUGAUACACGAGCUUACUUUACCGCUGCUACAAUAAUUAUUGCAAUCCCUACUGGUAUUAAAAUUUUUAGAUGAUUAGCAACACUAUAUGGAUCUGAAAUAAAUUUUAGAUCAUCAAUACUAUGAACAUUAGGAUUUAUUUUUUUAUUCACAAUAGGAGGAUUAACAGGAAUUAUACUUUCUAAUUCUUCAAUCGAUAUUAUUCUACAUGAUACAUAUUAUGUUGUAGCACAUUUUCAUUAUGUUUUAUCUAUAGGAGCAGUAUUUGGAAUUAUAGCAGGAUUUAUUUACUGAUACCCAUUAUUUACUGGAAUAACAUUAAAUAUAAAAUGAUUAAAAAUUCAAUUUACUAUUAUAUUUUUAGGAGUAAAUAUAACCUUUUUUCCACAACAUUUUUUGGGCCUAAAUGGGAUACCCCGCCGUUACUCUGAUUACCCAGAUGCAUUUACAAUAUGAAAUAUUAUUUCAACAAUUGGAUCAAUUAUUUCUUUUAUUAGAGUAUUAUAUCUAAUUUUUAUUAUUUGAGAAAGAAUGUCAACACAACG